AUGCCCUGGGCUGCCCCACCCUACCCAGAUCAGCAGUGCCGGGGCCCCAGGCCACCUCCCUACCCCAGCAACAUCUGCAGGCCCCGGAUCAUCCCCCCAGAGCAGCAGCGUCUGCUGGAGUCCUGCCCCACCCUCCACACUCCUCGCCUCCCACUGGCUCUGCAGGACAGGGGGCGGGACCAAGACGGGGGGCGGAGCGAGGCCGGAACGCAACAGGGAUGCGCGAGCGAGCGCCGCUCAACAAUCACCAGCCAAUCAGAGGGCGCGGCUUGCAGGCGCGUGCGCAAUAACGGUAGCUGUCGGCGCCGGGUGACAGCGAGCUGUAGUAGCCGGAGGUGCCCUGUAAUCGUCAUGGCGGCUGGCGGGCGGGUCCUGCUCGUGUCUCUGCUGCUGCUCCUGAGCGGGCCGGGGCUUGCGCGGGGCUGGGACCAGCCGGGGAGAGUUUUGUUGCGGGAGAUCCAAGCUCUCACGUUCUACAGAGAUCAAUAUACUACUUCUCGGCGGACAUCUCCAAUUCCCCAGUUACAAUGUACUGGAGGCACAGCUGGAUGUGUGUAUGUUCCCAUGGUUGUUCAGUGUCAUAACAAAGGCUGGGAUGGCUUUGAUAUACAGUGGGAGUGUAAGGCAGACUUGGAGAACUCCUAUCGCUUUGGAAGAAUCGAAGUGAGCUGUGAAGGCUACGAUUAUCCAGAUGACCUUUACAUCUUAAGGGGAUCUUGUGGUUUGCAGUAUGGAUUAGAGUUAACUGAGGAAGGCCAAAGACAAGCGAACAACUUUGGUGGAAGCUUUGGCUCCAGCUAUUACCAAUCAAGUAAAGUGAAUUCUCAGGAUUCCUCUAACUCUGUUGCUGGAGUGAUAGUUGUAAUGGUACUUCUGCUCCUUGCUUACGGAUGUUACAAGCUAUUCCUCAGUAAUCAGCUGCCUCAACAGGAUUUCUCUAAUGGUGAUGGACACGCUAGGACAUCUUGGCAGAAUACUCAGACACCACCUCCUCCUGGUUUUAAAUCCAGCUUCACAGGAGCUUAUGGUUUUGGUGGCAGUUCCAGUUCUGAGGCCAAUUUAGGACGAGGGUUUUGGACUGGACUCGGAACAGGAGGCCUGCUAGGAUACUUGGCUGGUAGUCAGAGGGCACAACCGCAUUCCUCAUACUUUCCUUAUGCCAAUCCAUACGCUGGUCCUACCACUCCUCCUCCAGGCAGAAAUUCAAGUGGCUUUACGGGGCCUCAUCCCUCAGGGACAAGAACUGCUUCUGGUUUUGGAGGCACAAAAAGGAGAUGAUGUUCUUAGUUUCCUGGCAUGGUUGCAGUUAAAUACACUCUUCCUCCCUGCAUUUUAGCGUCGUCUUUUUAAAAUAUGGAACUUCAGUUUUAAAAACUAUUGAAAUCCUUCUCCAGAGGACUUAGAGGCUGGGUGUUGAGUUAGUUUGUUUAUAAGAUGUUGUUAUAGAUGUUAUGCUUUGGAUAUUUGUUUUGAAAAGAAAAUGGAGAUAAGAUCAGUGAGCAGAUACUGCUCUUGGUGGGGAAGAACAGUUUUUUUGAUGUGUUCAGGUUAGUCUGUAUGACUGUGUGGAGAGGAAUGAAUGAAUGAAUGAAUAAAUAUAGGCAAUGAGUUUUUCAUAGCCCUAACAGAGAGGUUGGAUACUACCAUCUUGUUUAGAGGUUUAGCAGGUAUCAAAACAUACCCUAUUUUCCUAUAAUAAAAACAAAGUUCUCCAAGUUUACAAAGGGAUAUCUUACCAAUCUUUACUAUUUUAGCGAUCUGGCAAUGGUACCUGUCCCAGUCUUCCAAAAUAACUAGCUUACCAUGCCCUGGGAGCCAGUUCUUUUCAACCAGGGUUUCUCAGUCUUUGUGCUCCAGCAUCUGCAAGCCAGUGGGGAUACAGGGACACUAGCAAACUUGGUAAUAAAACACUCAAGCCCAGCUUCCCAAAAGAUAUUAUUGAAAUCAAUGGAAGAGAAAGGAGCCUAAAUAUCUUUGAGGAUCCGGACCUCAGUACAGAAUGAAGCCUGGCAUGUAAGGAAUUGUUCAGCUCAGUGCUGUUUUCUGAAGAUCCAGUUGGUCUUUUUCACUUAUAGAAUUGAUGUGUGUUACAGUAACAGUGAAUUCAGUUAAUCAUAUAUGCAGGCAUUGUCCAUAAUUGUAGGAGUGCAAAAAAAGAAUAGAGUUCUGAUGUUCAGGACUUUUUCUGCCUUUGUCCCACAUGUAAUGGGGAUCUUGGCAUCAACAUUGAGGCCUGAAGGUUGUAUAUUUGAAGACUUCCUUGCUUUAUCAUUCAUCCUUGAAAUGACAUGACUUUUAUGUGCAUUAUUAGGUAUUUAGUUUUUUAAAUAUAUAUCCGCUGGGUGACUUAGCCUAGAUAAGAAGCAACUGGCCAUUGCCUUUAAUUCCAAAUCUCGUCAGAGCAGAUUGAUGUGUUAAGUGCUUAUGGCCACAUUUGUUUUAUCUAUAGUAGGGCUCCAGAUGUUUCAAUCACGGGUGUUAGCUAUGGUGGAAAGCUCUUACCAGAAAAAUCCUUAGUGCAGACACAGCUUGUGCCUCAGCCACCAUCCUUCCUUUAGGGAGAAGUGGCCAGGACUCAAUUGGUUGGGAGUGAUCACUGUAAUUUGACAAAGAGCAUUGCUGCCCCUACUCAAAAACUAAAAUGUCUUCCUCCAGAGCACAGCAGACCUCGAGACUGAGCCCAGAAUGUGAAUCCAGGUCUCCUAGGAUAUGUCUACAUUGCAUCUUGGAGGCAUGGUUCCUAACACAGGUAGACAGCAUGAGCUGAGUUAGUGAGGGUCUAGCACACUAAAAAUAGCAGUGUAGAUAUUGCAGUGCAGGUGGUAGCUCAGGCUACCUGCCCAAGCUCAGAUCCAGGGGUCAGGUGGGCUUGGACUAGGGCAACCAGCCAAUGCUCUAACAGCCACACUGAUAUUUUUAGUGCACCAGCUUGAGUGCUGAAAUCACACCUUCAAGCUGCAGUUUAGGCAUACCCCUACAGGGCUGUGUCUGAGCCAGCUCUGCCGAUUUUGUUUUUAAAAAUGUUGUAGCCUUUUUCAGUAACAUGGACUCUGUGGCCCUUUGGCAUUGCUUUCUGAUGUUGUUUUGGAACCACCAGUGAUGGGCUCUGUGGGAGCUUCCCCUACCUUCUUCACAUCAUGAUCUAGGAAGGGAAGAGGAGCUGCUUUAAAAAGCAAAGAAACAGGAUCCUCUAAGGACCACUAGAGGUAUGAAGAGAAUAAUAUGACACUGAGGCCAGGUAUGCACUAGAAACUCUUGAUGGUAUAGUAAUGGCAGUUUGAGUGGUAAUUUUUUUAGCAACAUUUCAGUACCAGCAAAAGUCCUAAUGUAAACCUGGCCUCAAUGCUAGUAGGCGCAAAAAGAAAAAUAUAACCACAACUAUUAUUAAGCACAAAUGCAAUUGUUUAAGACUAUUUUGCCUGAGUUUGGGGCUUGUUUCAUGCAAGAAGACUACAUUUAUAAGAAUCCUGUUAACCAAGAAACUAUUAAGAAUGAGGAACUGACACUAAAAAUAGUCCGCAAAAAGAA